GGGAUUUUCACUAGCAAAAUGAAUUCUAAUGUGAUAUGCAGAGUUUGUGCAAAUGUCUUACCGACGGAAGAGGAUCUGCUCAAGUUUGAUGCUGUUUCCGAUAUCUACUACAGGCUUACUGCCUUGCAGCCAACGGAAGCUAUUCUACUUGAUGGGACCUGUCAAGAUUGCUACGACAAGCUGCUCCUGUUCGAUAGUUUCCGGACCAUGUGCCUGGAUGUGCACGAUCAGCUUAGUAAUGCAAAGGAGAAUAUUCAUAAGACGUUGGACCUUGAAGAUAUCAAGAAAGAGGUUGAAAGCAAUGCAACGACAAGCGUUCCCAAAUUCAAUAAGUGGAAUCCAGGUGAUAUGGUUGCAGUCAAAGUGGAAGCAUAUGAAGAUAUAACGGAAUCAGAAAACAACAACGAUGAUGACUCCGUGAGAGAUGAAGAUAUAGCUAUAGAUGAGGAUAUAGCUAUAAAUGAAGAUAUAGCUAAGGAUAAAGAUAUAACCAAGGAUGAAGAUAUAGCCAAGGAUGAAGAUAUAACCAAGGAUGAAGAUAUAACCAAGGAUGAUGAUAUAGUCAAGGAUAAAAAGACGAAGAAGAUCGCGCGAAAAACGAUAUGUAAGCGGGGAAAAUCCAUCAAAAUACAUUGCGAUCAGUGCGACAAGUUCUUCUACAACGAGCAACGCUACCAGGCGCAUGUCCGGGUACACCAGGGUCUAAAGCCGGCCACGUGCGAAUUAUGCAACAAAGAAUUCGCAAAGUUUACCUACCUCAAAGUGCACAAUGAGCUGGUACAUGCGGAAGUAAAGAAGCGUGUCAUGUGCGAUGUCGACGACUGUGGACUUACGUUUGCCACCCUGGCCGGGAUGACGGCUCACAAGGCUUUGAAGCAUUUGGGCAAGCAGAUUCCCAAACGGCGACACAUAUGCGAAUACUGUGGAAAGGUUUACUUGAACGCUACCUUGUUGAAUGGCCAUCGCAAUAAGCACGAGGGGAUCAAAAAGCAUACCUGUGCUAUUUGCGGGCGGUCGCACGAUAGUCGCCACAAGCUGAAGCUUCAUUUGGUGCGUCAUGAAGGCAUUAAACAGUUUCAAUGUUCAAUAUGUGGUUUGAAGCAAAUUUCGGCCGGUCAGUUGAAAGUUCAUAUGAACCGGCACACCAAGGAGAAGAAAUACCCAUGUGAGCUGUGUAAAGCCGUUUUCUACAGUUCGGGCAACAAAAGCCGGCACGUGAAGCUGGUCCAUCACGGCGUCAGAAAUUUCAAGUGCACCUACUGUAACCGAGUAUUCGGAAAGGCCGAAACUCUUAAAAACCACGUCAUGAUCCACACGGGAGAGAAACCACACGCUUGCAAUCUUUGCGGGAUGCGAUUCAUUCAGUUGGUAGCCGCGAAAAAGCACAUGAGAACACACAAUAAAUAACUAUCAACAACAGAUCGUCGUUGGUCAAU